AUGGGUAAAGUUACUAAAGCUACUAAAAAAUUUCAAUCCAAACAAUUGAAGCAUGUUUUGGAUCACAGAAAGAAAAUCAAGGAAUUUAAACAAAAGACUAAAGGACGUAGAGGUAAUAAAAAUGAACAGGAAAAAAAAGACACACAAUUAACCAAAGAGGAACAAGCUGCCAUGAAAAGCAAAAAGGAAGAAGUUUUUAAGGAUAUGAGCGUUGAUGAUUUCUUUUCUGGCGGGUUUGAUGUUCCACAAAAAAUGAAAGCCCCAUCUAAAAAAAAAACAAAGUCCAACGAAGAGUCUAGUUCUGAGGAAGAGGAAGAUGGAGAUAUCGAUAUGGAUGAGUUGAAAGAAAAAGAUCCAGAAUUUUAUAAAUAUUUGGAAGAAAAUGAUAAGGAGGUCCUAGAAUUUAGUGCUUCUAAUCCGUUGGAUGACAUCAGUGAAGAUGAGAAAGAUGAAGAAAACCAUGAACAGAAAAAUGAUACAUCUAAAGAAACUAGAGAUGAAGAUGGAAAGGUUGAGGUUUCUUUAAAAUUGGUGAAACAAUGGCAUAAAGCUUUAAAGGAAAAACCAACCUUAAAAUUAAUUAGAAACGUCGUUUCUGCCUUCAAAGCCGCUGUUAAUCUGAAUAAUGAAGAAAUCGCUGAAUCUUUUAAAUAUACUGUCAGUAAUGAAGCUGCAUUCAGUGAGUUGAUGUUUCUAGCCUUGAAAGAUUUGCCCAACGCUAUCACUGAAAAGCUAUGCCCAUACAAAACCAAAAAUAACGUGAGGAUACUUCCAUCUACCCCAAUAGCCACUAAAAUAGGAUCCAUUCUAAAACACCAUGCAGGAUCAUUAAUUACCUUGUUGAAUGAUACUACUGAUUCGGAUACAAUUACAUUAAUCUUGGGCUCGACCGAACAAUUGUUACCCUUUUUCCUAUCCCAUAGGAAAAUUCUAAAGGAAAUUGUUAAUUCGGUGGUUGAGCUUUGGUCUACUUCUUCUAACUUGGAGGUUCAGUUAACUUCUUAUACAUUUUUGUUACUAUGUAAGGAAUUUAAGAACGCUAUGUUAGAACUAGUUUUAAAAUCAUCCUAUUCUGCAAUUAUUAAGAACUGUCGUCAAACUAAUAUUCGUACUAUGCCAUCUAUUGAUUUUCAAAAAGAUUCGGCCGCGCAAUUAUUUAGUAUUGAUCCAGUGUUGGGUUAUCAAAUUGGUUUUGAAUAUAUUAGACAACUAGCUAUACACUUAAGGAAUUCUAUAAAUGCUACAACUAGUACUUCCAAAAACGCUAGUAAAGUUUCACCAACUGAAGCUUAUAAGAAAAUUUAUAAUUGGCAAUUUGUUCAUUCAAUAGAUUUUUGGUCUAAAGUUUUAGCAACUCAUUGUAAUAUAGAAAAGGAAAAUAAUAGUUUGAAAGAAUUGGCCUAUCCAUUAGUUCAAGUUGCCAUUGGUGUUAUCAGGUUAAUCCCAUCUGCUCAGUUUUUUCCAUUAAGAUUUUAUUUGUGUAGAUCAUUAAUUAAUUUAUCCAGAAACACAGGGAUUUUUGUUCCUAUCUUUCCAAUUUUAUCUGAAAUAUUGCAAUCUACUACAUUUACUAAGAAACCUAAGGGCAGUACCUUAGAAGCAUUUGAUUUCAACCAUAAUAUUAAAUGUAAUGCUGCCUAUUUAGGCACUAGAGUUUAUCAAGAAGGUUGUGGUGAAUUAUUUAUUGAAUUAUUGGCUGAGUUUUAUUCCUUAUAUUGUAAGAGUAUUGCUUUUCCGGAAUUAACUACACCGGCAAUCAUUGCUUUGCGCCGUUAUAUUAAAACUAGCAAAAAUGUUAAGUUUAAUAAGCAAUUAUCUGUGUUACUCGAAAAGUUGAAUGCCAGUAACAAUUUUAUUUUGAGAGAAAGAAGUAGUGUUGAUUUCACACCAAAUAAUUACAGUCAGGUUAAUAACUUUUUGAAAGAAUAUAAUUGGGAAAAAACUCCAUUAGGUUCAUAUGUAGUUACUCAACGUGAGGUUAAAGAGGAAAAGAUGAAAAUCUUACGAAGCAGUUUGGCUGAAAAGGAUGCUGAAAAGAAUGUGGAAGAUAGUGAUGAAGCAGAGGAAGAAAGGGAAUUAGUAGAUGACGAUGAAGCUGAAGAAAGUAGUACUACUGACAAUGAAUAA